GGAGGGCAGCGGCGGAGGGGGAGGCCUCGGGGCCAUGUCCCGCGUGGCUGUUUUGGCCUGGAAAUAGGGGCAGUAGGGUCAGGUUUGCAGGGCAGCGAAAGCGGUGGAAGGCCUCGAGGGGAAGCCACAGGAGGAGUGGUUGAGGUCACUUCGUCUGGUCAGGCCGGAGAACUGGAGACUGAGAGCAGAGCUCAUCGGAGUCUGCAGCAGCUCCCGAGGAGCCGGGGAGGGACCGCUCGGAUCUCUGCUCCGUGUUACAGCGACAGGACCCUGGGAACGGCUGGAGCUGUGUAAGGGGAGGUUGAGGUUGGAGAUCAGGGAAGGGUUCUUCCCCCAGAGGGUGCUGGGCACUGCCCAGGCUCCCCAAGGAAUGGGCAGGGCCCGAGGAUCGCGGAGCUCCAGGGCCGUUCGGACAGCGCUGCCCGGCGCGGGGUGGGACUGUUGGGGUGUCCUGAGCAGGGCCACAGUUGGACUGGAUGAGCCGUGUGGUUUUCUUCCAGCUCAGAAUAUUCUGUUUGUGUUUCUGGCAUGACAUCAUGCCCCAGUGACACCAGCCCGCGUGAUGUCACCCCCCGUGGCCCCGUGCCCUCGGCCGCAGUGUGGUCAUGUCACGGGUCCUGUGUCCCACUGCCACCACCAGCUGGGACCAGGGCUUCUCCUCGAGUGAACUGGGAGCAUACAGGGGCUGUAAGGACAGGGUAGCAUUAAGCGAAACUUUGUGCCUGGUCGUUUUUAGCUGCCAGGACAAAAAAACCUGUUUUGGUGCACAGCCGAUGCCGUGUCGUGGCAAGUUAGCCUGUGACAGGUGUCACACGCCCAAGGGAGAAGCACAGCAAAACACUGUGUCCUGUCAGGCAGCCAAGGGAUGUGCACAGGAAAACAACAAAUCCCAUCAGGCAGCAGUGAGGCUGGUCCUGGGGUGCUGUGGAUUUGCCCCUUGGGCUGUGGGACUCCCCUGCAGAGCUUUGGCUGGUGGCAGCAGAAGUUUUACUUCCAGUUUCCACUUCAAAUAUUGAUGGUCUUGAAAGUGCAUUUGGAUCCCAGACAUUUUCCAUCACAGAACAAAUCAAGAGCUCCUCUCCUAUCUCAGAGCAAUACAGACAGCUUAAUAUCAUAUGACCUCAUUUCUCCAAAUUAAAUGAAAGAAGAAUUUUCACUAGCUUUCCAUGAAGCUCAGCUAUUGCCUGUUAAUUUUGACUGUUAGUGCUGGUCUUUCAGUUGGAUUCACCGUGGAAAAUGUAGCUUUUAACAGGACAGUUGCUUUUAGGUCUUUCAAUGCAUCACUUCAUGCAGUGUCUCAAGCUUUAAUAAGUUCUCCAGCACACCAUGAUAUCAUAGCCAAAGAGGGGAGCAGUAUUUUAAUUGAAUGUAAACUGAACAUCAGCCAGUAUGAACAUAUCCUUUGGUAUAACUCCAGAGGACACCUGCUUGAACAGAAAGAUGAAGAUGACCGGUGGAGGAUUGCUGAUAAUUCCCUCAACAUCACAAAGGUCAGCUUUGCUGACCGGGGCCGGUACACGUGUGCAGGCAUUAAUCAUAACGAGACCUUGUACUACACAGUCACCCUGAGGGUUAUCUUCACCUCAGGGGACAUGAGCAUCUACUACAUGAUUGUGUGCCUCGUUGCCUUUGCCAUCACCCUCAUCUUGAACAUCACCCGCCUGUGCAUGAUGAGCAGCCACCUCCGCAAAACGGAGAAGGCCAUCAACGAGUUCUUCCGGACGGAAGGGGCCGAGAAGCUGCAGAAGGCUUUCGAGAUAGCCAAGCGUAUCCCCAUCAUCACAUCUGCCAAAACGCUCGAGCUGGCCAAAGUCACUCAGUUUAAGACCAUGGAGUUUGCUCGGUACAUCGAAGAGCUCGCCAGGAGCAUUCCCCUCCCGCCUCUGAUCCUUAACUGCAGGGCGUUCAUGGAGGAGAUCUUCGAGGCCGUGCGGGUGGACGACCCCGACGAGGCGGGCAAGGAGGAGAAGCAGCCCCCCGGCUGCGGGGCGCAGGCCGCGCUGUUCCCCGGCAGCGCGCAGGUGAAGCGCAGCGAGUCCCCGGCCGGCGACUCGGACGAUGGCUCCCUGAGCGAGCAGGGCCAGGAGAUCGCCGUGCAGGUGUCCAUCCACCCCCAGGCCCAAGGGCAGAGCAUCGACACCGUGUCCCACGGCAGCUGCCACUCUGUGCCUUCUGAGGAAGGCACCUGCUGAGCCCGGUGAUGCAGAGGGGUGAAGGAAGCUCCAAGGGAACUGUGAGAAAAGGGUCUGCAAAUAAGCUGCCUCAUCCCAUGUGCACAAGAGUUUUCCAAAUUGCAAGGUGCCAGAAGUAGUUAGAAGUGUGUAUUUUCUGUCUGUGUUGAUUUAACAAUUCCAGUCUGCUAGAAAAGGCCAUUUGGAAUAUUGUGUGGGGGCUUUUCUUUCUAAAGCAGGCUUGCUAUAUUUAAAAUAGUUGCAAAACAGGAAUUCUUUGUCCUUGGCUCCUUGGUAGCUUUUGAUACUUCAGAGCUGUGUGAGAAGUGACCAAGCUGAGCAGUACAACUUGCAAUAAGAACUUUUCCUUUGUGAGCUCCUUCUUUCUUCACAAAGUUGAGCUGAAAUUCCUUUGAGUCAGUGUUGUUGUCCUGAUUAAUUGAGUUCUGUGCUCUUUUUGAGUUGCCUCUUGGUGCGUGUAGCCCAUCAGAACCACAGUGAGCUUGAACAAAUCUGUUUUGUGUCACACGCUUGUGUUGCUAUCAAAAUGUACUGUACUUAGAAAAAAAUAGUGCCAGGAUCUGCUGCUGGAUUAAAUGAAUUGUUGUCGUUUCAAAGCAGCUUAGAGAACAGCCAGGAGGUCUCAAGUUUUCUGUGCAUCUGCAGGAAACUUGUGGAUGUUUUAAAAGUUUGUUGCUUAAACUUGGUGCUGAUUGCCAAAGCGCCUUACCCUGGUCCUGUCCCACAGAAUGGAGCAGUGACAGCACUUCUGGCACUGCCUGGCUUUUCAUUAUGCUGAUUUCACUCACUAUAGAAAAUCCAAAGUUUUAUAUUGUAUUUGCCGUUGUGGUGAGAAGAGGAUGACAGUAAUCACAUCGUGGCAAAACUCAGAAAUGAAUUCAUCAUCUACAGACAGAUGUCUGAGGCACAUCUUCCUGAACAGCAUUAUAAUAAAGCAGUGAAAAGUAGUUCCAGUGAGUUGCUCUGCUCUGGCUGGUCCUGUCAGAAGGCAGUGGCAGAGAGAGUGGGGGCUGGCUGAGCUGUUUGCCAGCCACUGCUUGCAGGAGGGGAGUGACUCACUGCUAGAGCCCAGCCUCGUGUGCUGAGAGGUGGCAGAAGGGAGAGAUGCAGCUGCUGACAUAUGUGCACAAGUACUUCACCAAGGAUCUCCCACCUGGCUUCCUCAGCUGUAGAGAUCCAGCCUCCAGGAAUCAGAGUGCAGACAAGAAUCUAGUUUCUUCUUCCACUCUUUGGUGCUGUUUUUUUUUUUUUUUUCUCCUUAACAUUUGUGUCACUUAAAUAGCAUUUUAUAUCCUGUUGAGAUUUAGUAGAUGUAAAGCUUGUAAGCACUCCACAUAUUAAUUUCUUACAACUACUGGAAGCAUAUUGCCAUAUAAUUUUAACAGCUUGGCAACAGGAGUGCCAUUUAAUUUCACACAACUCUUUUUUCUUUCCUUAUUAUUACAGAAAUGUCACUUGAACAAGUGAUUCUGGAGGACUGCUCAGGAUUCUUAAGAGCAUUUGACAUUACAUUUACAUGAGUAGAGGUGGAAAACAAGCAGGCACAGUGGUAAUAGCAGGGUGGGGCUGUCUGUGGUAAUACAUGCUCAGAAAGAAGGGGCUGAAUGAAUUACAGUUACCAUAUCAGAGACAGGGAAAUGACAGCAUCUAUAACCAUUUUAAACUACCUUUUGGGGAAAUUCCUGCAGUCAGCCACCAGUUAAAUCACCCUAGUUGCCUUUGGCCUGUCAGGUAAGAGUGGUGUUAGUCAGGAAGGAAGUUGCUAGCCUUUAUUACAGUAACAUUCCCACCAGCUUGGUGCCAUUUCCAAGACUGUAGCAAACUGUCUGUUUCAGGGGAAUAAACCUUCUGUACAUACUUCAAGUAGCUGCCUCAACAGUGACUUCUUUUUUUGCUUCCAUGGUUUGAUGGCACUUUAUGUCCAGGUGAAAAUUUUGUAUAGUUUUGUGUACCCUGUCUGGUUUCUUCUAAGUUUUCUGAGAUUAUCAGUGUUAAAAGAUACUCUGAGGAUAAAUAUCUAUUUCUCUUAGAAGAAGGGAGCUGCUGGCUUCAUUUCUGUGCUACAAUGGGUUCUGCAGGUUUGUUGCACAUGUGUGAGAGAUUUGAGAGUUUGCAACCCACUGGCUGAAAGAGGUGAAGGCUACAAGAGAGAAUGAUCUGCUUCAAACUCCUUUGUGCCACAGGUCAUCAGAAUGUAGCUGCACCUGCCUUAUUUCCCUAUAAACAGCUCUUCUUGCUUCUCUGGAACUGUUGCAUGAUAUGCAACAUAUGGAUGUGUUACCCCUAAAUCCACACACAGUGAGAGAUGUCACUACAAAAUCUAAACUAUUUAAUUGCUUCCUAAGAAGCAGUUAUGAUUGACAGAUGUCACAUCAGAAGUGGCAGCUUACAGGCAGCAAAAUGACACUGGAGGUGUGUAAAAUGAGUGCCAGGAGAGCUGUUUUGAGACUGAUUUGAUCUCUUUUUUGAUUUUUAUACUUUAUUUGCAUAGCUCCAAGUUCUUACUGAGCAGUUACCUGGUGUCUUCAUGCAUUCUGUUGCUGGUUGAGAGGAAAGAGUGACCAUGCAUAAAGGUCCUCAGAAAUGCAGUUGCAGUGUCAAUUGCUGGAUAGCAAAGCUGAGAGUUUUCCUGAAUUACUACAGUAUUUUGUUCCUUACAUGAAUUUCAUUCCUGGAAGGAAGGUUGUUUUGUAAGGAUUUUAGUAUGUCAGGGGUACCUCCUGAAUGGAGUGACUGAUCCUACUCCCACUGAAUUCAAUUAGAGAGGAUUUGGAGCUCUGUGCAUUUUACAGGAUUUUUGUGCAUCUGAAAGCAAGGACAAAGGUGAUGUUAAAUGGUAAAAGAGAUUUCCAGAGAAUGAAAUUUGACACCAGUUUCCAAACAACUUGUGAACUGUUCUUGUUACCCUGAGAGUAGAUGAGUGCACUUAAUGUCUUCGAUGAAUCUAAUUGAACAUUAACAUUGAAAGUGUUUCUCUCUUAACUUUUUAUAGGAUGAGGAGAAUCUACAGUGGUUUCCUUGCUUUAAACUAAAGUCUCUGACAAUCAGAAGGCUAUUCUCUCGUCUUUGUGACUUAUUUUAAAAAAUAUGAAAUCUACUUGUUGUCCAAGAGUACCUAAAACUAACUUUGUAGUGAUUAUUUGUAUUACCUGGAUUGUAAUGUAACUGUUUAAUGUAACCACGUAGGAUUUCAUACUUUCAUAAAAUGAACUGGUAGAUUUGCAAAAUAAAUUGAAAAGAAAAA